AUGGCAGUGGUACAAGUCAACAAUAAGGCGAGAAACUUACCCUAUAAUGCUAUAAGUGGUGAAGAGUAUGAGAAAAUGUCCAGUUGUGACACAACCAAAGAGAUGUGGGACAAGCUUGAGGUUACAUACGAAGGAACAAUCAAGGUAAAGGAAACACAUAUCAACAUGUUGGUUCAUGAUUACAAACUCUUCCAAAUGAAAGAAGGAGAGUCUAUCGAAGAGAUGUUUGCCAGAUUCAGCAAAAUAAUUAGCGAUCUAAAAGCCUUGGGCAAACCAUAUUCAAGGGGUGAUCAAGUUAGAAAGAUUCUUAGAAGCCUACCAACUACUUGGCAGACCAAAGUAGUCACACUUGAAUCUCAGGAUCUGAAUAAGUUAUCUUAA